UUCUGGAUAAAGCCCACCAUGGUGCACACAGUGAUUGUUGACAAUAAAGUAGAGGCUGUUCUCAAGGGUCUGCUCUCCUCUGGAGGGAUCACAAUUGGCAUACUGGUUGGCCAGGUGACAAAGACGAAGGAUUUUGUACUCCUGGCUGUGCAGACUCCGUCACUUCAGGAGCUAAAAGAAAAUGAAGAUGAAAAAUCAUCCAAUUCCUCUGAGCAUUUUGAAGACUGGUGGGUUAUUGAACACGCUAAGCAAGUGAUCAAUCUCCUUCCCGGCGGGUUAGGCGUGGUUGGAAUGUUCUGUGUGUGCUCUAAAGAAGUGCUCCCCUCCAUCCAGCCCAGAGUGGCUGGGAUCCUUCCUCAACUGACCCCCCACCCCCACACCAUAUUCCUCCAUGUCUGCUCUCUCAGUGGCAGAACAAAAGGACUAGUGCUCCAUGAGCAACGGGGUGGUUUUCAUCCAGCUGAGGUGAAGUUCCAGUCCAAUCCAGUGCAGCUCGUUCAAGUGGAGUCAUCCAUCAGACUGUCCAGUGACUGCUACACUCACCUCUAUGGCAACACACCUCAGGGGUUGUUAAAGGGCAUACAGGCUACUGUGGUAGACACUGUUGAGGAGGUGUUCUCACGGCCAUUGCUCAAAGUGAGUGGUCGUUUUGUUGACGAGGGAGACCCCAUACUGCCCAAGACCAGGAAGAAUGAACUGUCUGUUCCAGACGGAGGAAUCAAAUUGGACAUCUUAACAAGACACCCCCUGCAUUCCGAGGAAGGUGUUAAUCUACUGACUAGGGCAAGGAGGGUAGGACUGACUGGGUGCCAGUCUCUCACUGCUUAUCUACACUCCAGGGCCACUUACAGCGAUGCACUACAGGCCAUCAAAGAAGAUGCUUGUCGAAGUUUAACAUCUCAACUAGUAGCUCUCACAGAAGCAGACACUGUUCAUGACACUUCAACUGGUCUCUCCCUGUCCCUCCCGUGUCGGGUCUCUGUGACUGUCCCCAGUGCUGCCUGGUCAUUCUCGGAGUACUCUCUACCAGGAGAGGACGUUAAGGAGUGUGAAGGUCGAGUGUGUGAUUUGCUUGGAGUAGCGUCUGCAACAGCUCUUCUCUCAUCACUCUGCCUCGAGUCAUCCUCUUCAUCCGCUUGCCCUCAAGACACACCCACUGACCCUCAGCUGGAUUCUGUGAAACCUAACCAACUUGAGAGUAGAUCUAUUAGUAGUCAACUGUGGAUGUUUAUAGCAGCAGUAAUGGUUCUUAUAUUUGCGAUAGCAACAUGGGCCGUUGUGUACUCAUGAUUCAUAUUCACCUUUCAUUGUUGCAAUUUGUUGGUUUCAAUAUAGAUCUGCAGUAAAUUAUUUACUACCUCAUAAUUAUAUACUGUUACCACACACCUUAAUUAAAAUUGCUGAGUCAUGAAUGACUCAGCAGUCUCAUGAUUUCAAGAUGAAAGUGGCACUGGUGUUUGGCCUUAUGGGGCUCUGUCUGCUUUUGAUAUCACCAUCUGGAGAGGCUAUAGAUCUCAUUAAAACAGCGGAAAAGCUUGGAAAAGUACUGAGCACCGUUGACCAAUUGAAAGAACAGCUCUAUACGUUGACUGGAGGCAGUGGGACAAUAACUAUUCAGGGAAGAACCCUACACUACAAGGUGAAAGGCGGGUUCUAUAAGUGGGAGUAUCAGUACAAGGGUGAAGCAUGGGAUGAAGAAGCAGCGAUAUCUGUAAAGACUAAAGGAUGGAAAAGUAAAGAUGGUGCUCGGGAGCAUGCACUAGAAGACCUUGUUGCAGAACUGAAGAAGCUUGGACUUCUGACUGGCUGAUGGACUUUCAUUCGAUAUCAGUACACUUUAAUACACCUCUAUUUACUUGGACAUGUCCGACUGUGUAUUCAUUAUGAAUGUGCACAUGUAUCUUGUCUUGAGAUCAGCUGAUUUUGUUUUGACUUUAUUCCCAAUAUAAAGAUUGUAGAUUUAGACUUUGUUUGACUGGAUUCUAUAUGAACAUUUGCUCAGCUCUUG